AUCUUUAAAUCGCCAGCUUCUCAUCCUCGAUUCCCAAGUCCUUUCGAAGUCCUUCGAUCGUUCGCGUCUUCUCGAGCUCUCUUGCUCGAUCGCUUCCAUCAAUGGCGACGCCCAAGCCCCAGCGCUCCCCGGCGGAGAUCGAAGACAUCAUUCUUAGGAAAAUCUUUCUCAUCUCUCUCGCCGAUCCUUCUCCGGCCGACCCUGCUAUCGUAUACUUGGAGCAGACGGCCGCCGAGCUUCUCAGCGAGGACCGCCCCCUUCUCCUCCUCCGUGAUUCCAUGGAGCGUGUUCUCAUCGAUCGCCUUUCUACCCCACAGCCGCCUCUUCCCCCGUUUACCUAUCUUGUUGCUUCUUUUCGCCGGGCUGCUGAUGAGUCUAGGAAGAUCGCUUCCAUGAAGGACCCCUCCGUUAAGGCGCAGAUCGAUUCCGCUAUCAGAGAUGCUAAAAAGUUGUUGAUUUCGUAUGCUCGGAUCGUGGCCGCGAAUCCAGAUACCUUCCCCUCUCCGAACCACUCAUCUGCUCCGCCGUCUGCUGAAAUCUUCUCCUUCCUCCUUGCUGAGGUCGCUUCCCCGAUGGAUGCCUUUGGGGGUAGCAGUGGCAGUGGUGUGACGGCACCGCCCGGGUUUUUGGAGGAGUUCUUUAGGAAUGGAGAUUACGAAAGCUUGGAUCCAGUUUUUGCGGACUUGUAUGAUAGAUUGAGAAGCUCGGUAGAGAGGAUUUCUGCAUUGGGGGACUUCCAGCGGCCACUCAGAGUACUGUUGAUGCUGAUUGGGUACCCCAUUUGCGCCAAAGGGUUAGUAAACCAUCCAAGAUGGAUUCCAAAGCUCAGUUAUCUGUUGAUCGGUCCAGGGAGGACGAUAGAGAUUACCAGUAUUCUUGGAGCAUUCUUUCAUGUCAGUGCUUUGCCGGAUUAUAAAGAUUUUAGGAGCACUCCGGAUGUCGGCCAGCAGUGCUUCUCUGAAUCAUCCACUCGCCGGCCUGCUGAUCUAUUAUCUUCUUUCACGACAAUCAAGACUGUCAUGAAUAACUUAUAUGAUGGCCUAGGAGAAGUACUUCUUGCUCUACUAAAGAGUGUAGACACUCGAGAGAAAGUCCUUGAGUAUCUUGCUGAGGUGAUCAUGAAAAAUUCAGGGAGAUCCCGUAUGCAGAUUGAUCCAUUUUCUUGUGCAAGCACCGGAAUGUUUGUAAAUCUCAGUGCGGUAAUGCUAAGACUAUGUGAGCCCUUUCUAGAUGGUAAUGCAUCAAAAGUAAACAAAAUUGAUCCGAAAUAUGUGUUCCACAACAAACGUUUAGAUUUCAAACAGUUGACAUCUAUGAAUGCAUCAUCUGAAGAGGUUGCAGCCUGGGUAGAAGGAAGAAGUGAUAGAGAAAACUCUGUGCUAAAUUCACCAGAAGCGUCAAGUUCUGGUGGUGGUGAUAAAUAUUCAUUUAUCUGUGAAUGUUUCUUCAUGACUGCUCGGGUGCUUAACUUGGGAUUGAUGAAAGCGUUAUCAGAUUUCAAGCAUCUUGCUCAGGACCUGGCAAGAUGUGAAGAAGAUCUUGCCACUUUUAAAGCGAUGCGUGAUCAAGGAGGUUCACCACAGCUUGAAGAAGAUAUUAAACGUCUGGAGAAGGAGAUUGAAAUGUAUUCACAGGAGAAACUCUGCUAUGAAGCUCAAGUUCUUAGGGAUGGAGCGCUGCUGCAACGUGCACUAUCUUUCUACAGGCUAGUUGUUAAAUGGUUGGUUGGUCUUGUUGGUGGGUUUAAAAUGCCUCUGCCAUCCAACUGUCCGAUGGAAUUUGCAUGCAUGCCAGAGCAUUUUGUUGAUGAUGCCAUGGACCUACUAAUUUUCACUUCUCGAAUUCCAAGAGCUUUGGAUGCUUUUGAUCUGGAUGACUUUUUGAAUUUUAUUAUUAUGUUCAUGGCGAGUCCAUCAUAUGUCAAGAACCCUUAUCUAAGAGCAAAGAUGGUUGAAGUGUUGAAUUGCUGGAUGCCACAAAGAAGUGGCAUAUCUGCUACGGCCUCACUUUUUGAGGGACAUCAACUAUCGUUGGACUAUCUGGUUCGCAACCUUCUCAAGUUGUAUGUGGACAUUGAAUUUACCGGCUCUCAUACGCAGUUCUUUGACAAAUUCACCAUCCGUCAUAAUAUUGCUGAACUUUUAGAGUAUUUGUGGAAUGUCCCUAGCCAUCGUAACACAUGGAUGAAGAUUGCCAGGGAGGAGGAGAAGGGAGUGUAUUUGAAUUUCUUGAACUUCCUUAUAAAUGAUAGCAUCUAUCUCCUUGAUGAGAGUCUGAAUAAAAUUCUUGAGCUGAAAGAAUUAGAGGCAGAAAUAUCUAAUUCUGUUGAAUGGGAACGGAGAUCGCCUCAGGAGAGGGAGGAGAGAAUGCGUCUUUUCCACUCUCGAGAGAAUAUUGUCCGAUUCGACAUGAAGCUGGCAAAUGAAGAUGUUGGGAUGCUUGCUUUCACGUCUGAACAAAUACCCGCUCCUUUCCUUCUUCCAGAGAUGGUGGAGAGGGUUGCAAGCAUGCUAAAUUAUUUUCUCCUCCAACUUGUUGGCCCUCAACGGAGAUCUCUUACCGUGAAAGAUCCUGAAAAAUACGAGUUUAGACCAAAGCAAUUAUUAAAGCAAAUUGUUGAGAUCUACGUCCAUAUAGCAAGGGGUGACAGAGAAGGCAUCUUCCCUGCUGCUAUUUCUAAGGAUGGGAGGUCUUACAAUGAACAGUUGUUUUCUGCUGCAGCAGAUAUUCUGUGGAAAAUUGGUGAAAAUGCAAGGAUAAUUCAGGAUUUUGUUCAGCUUGGUAGUAAAGCUAAAAAUGCUGCCACUGAAGCGAGGGAUGCUGAGGCAGUUCUCGGAGAUAUUCCAGAUGAAUUUCUCGACCCAAUUCAGUACACUCUGAUGAAGGACCCUGUUAUUCUGCCUUCAUCAAGGAUAUCAAUAGAUCGAGCAGUAAUACAAAGACACCUUCUCAGUGACAGUACCGAUCCAUUUAACCGAUCACACCUCACGCAAGACAUGUUAAUCCCUGAUGUUGAGCUUAAAGCGAAAAUUGCAGAGUUCAUUAAAUCCCAAGAGGUGAAGAAGCUUCGCAGAUGAAGCAGUCGAACCCGGAUGUCAUUGAUCUUGUUGAUAGCGUCUAGCAAUGUCCAACAUACAAAACCUUUCACUUGCAAGGGCUUGCCUGCUGAACAAACUCGUACAUCAAAUUGUUUAGAGUAUGAAAAGAAGCAAUGAUUCAAAGCUCAAAGUUGAUGUAAAUGCUUAGUUAUUAUGUACUUUAAACUAUGAUCAAAAUUAUAUAUUAACCUGAUGGGCAGCAAAUCACUGUUGUUGCUUGACGUACCAAGUGAUUUAUUUUAAAUUAAAGGGAGAAAAAGGAUGUGUGGUUCUCUUUUUUUUCCUUUUACUUGAUCUA